UGAUAGGAGUAAUACACAUAGAGGAAACAUAAAGAAAUGGAAGAAAAAAAGAAAGUGAAACUACAUGGCUUCUGGGCUAGCCCUUAUUCAAAGAGGGUGGAACUUGCCCUGAAAGCCCAAGGCAUACCGUAUGAGUAUAUAGAAGAAAAUCUAUACAACAAGAGCACCUUACUCUUGCAAUACAAUCCUGUUCACAAGAUGAUACCAGUGCUGGUCCACAAUGAUAAAUCCGUUGUUGAGUCCCUUGUCAUUCUUGAAUAUAUCGACGAAACAUGGAAAAACGCUCCAAAACUCUUCCAGGAAGAUCCUUACCUACGAGUCAAUGUUAGAUUCUUGGCAAACUUUCUCGAUAAGGAGGUAUUUGAGAGCAUGCGUCCAGUCAUCACUACUCAUGGAGAGGCAGAAGAGAAAAUACUCAGAGAUGUUACUGAAAAACUGAAGAUGAUGGAAAAGCAAAUGCAAGAUCUUUUCCCAGGUGAGAAGCCAUUAGUUGAUGGGAAAAAUCUUGGAUUACUAUACAUUGUAGUUAUUUCAGUUCUAGGCUGCUAUAAGGCAGCUGAAGAAGCAGCGAAUGUGAAGCUCAUAGAUCCACAAGAAACACCAUUCAUAUUCUCAUGGGUGACUGCACUCAAUGAACUUCCUCUGGUGAAGGAGACCAUCCAACCUCAUUCCAAGAUGGCGGAACGUUUCCGCUACGCCCGUCAGAAAGCUCUUCAAUCGAUGUCCUAGCUCAUGAUGUUUGUUAUUUUCCCAUGAAGGUGAAGACCAGACCUUUUACCUUAGGUUUAAUUUGUAGACUAAUUUCACUCUGUGGUAUGACGAAAUGAAGAAAGACACAUUAGUGUUAAAGAGUCCAAAUGCUAUAAUUGGUUCCUUGAUAUUUAAACAACAUGCUAUUGC